GCGGUUCCUGCCGCCCGGGAGACGCCCCCUGGCCCCCACCCCCGCGUGGCCCGGUCGGAGGAGCGGGAGCAGCGGGAGGAGGAGGAGGCGGCGCCGCCGGGACUGCCUCCUCCCCGCCCCUCGCGUCUCCUCCCCGCGCCACCGGGCAGGACAAGGGUACUGGGCACGGGGACCCCGGCCAGUGAGCGCCCGUGCCCCGGGGCCACCCCUCGCGCGCGCAGUGUCGCCGCAAGCCGGGGCAGCUCUCGCCUCACAUGGUGCUGGCCGCAGCCAUGAGCCAGGACGCGGACCCCAGCGGCCCUGAGCAACCGGACAGAGAUGCCCGCAGCAUGCCGGGUGCCCCGGCGCCCCCAGCGCCCUCGGGCCCGCGAGGGAUGCAGCCGCCGCCGCCUCCUCCGCCCCCAGCGGGCCUACCCCAGAUCAUCCAAAAUGCCGCCAAGCUCCUGGACAAGAACCCGUUCUCCGUCAGUAACGCGAACCCUCUGCUUCCUUCUCCUGCCAGUCUCCAACUGGCUCAACUGCAAGCACAGCUCACCCUCCACCGGCUGAAGUUGGCACAGACAGCUGUCACCAACAACACUGCGGCGGCCACGGUCCUGAACCAAGUCCUCUCCAAAGUGGCCAUGUCCCAGCCGCUUUUCAACCAGCUGAGGCAUCCGUCUGUGAUCAGUGCCCCCCACAGCCAUACUGGGGUGCCUCAACAUGCUGCGAGUGUGCCCAGUGCCCGGUUUCCCUCUAAUACGAUUGCCUUCUCACCCCCCGGCCAGACACGAGGCCCAGGACCCUCCGUGAGCCUUCCCAGCCAGCCCCCCAGUGCCAUGGUGAUGCAUCCCUUCAGCGGGGUCAUGCCGCAGACCCCUGCCCAGCCAGCAGUCCUCCUGGGCCUCGGCAAGACUGGGCCCACUCCUGCUGCAGCGGGAUUCUACGAGUAUGGCAAAGCCCCCUCCGGCCAGGCAUAUGGCUCUGAAACAGACGGUCAGCCCAUCUUCCUGCCAGCCUCGGCCUCUACCUCGGGCAGUGUGACUUAUGAAGGGCACUAUAGCCACUCAGGGCAAGAUGGCCAAGCUGCCUUUCCCAAGGACUUCUACGGACCCAAUUCCCAAGGGUCGCACGUGGCAGGUGGGUUUGCGGCUGAGCAGGCGGGGGGCCUGAAAGGUGAGGUAGGCCCACUGCUGCCGGGUCCAAACAGCCAGUGGGAGAGCCCCCAAGGAUUCUCCGGCCAGAGCAAGCCUGAUCUCACAGCCGGCCCCAACCUGUGGCCUCCACCACCCAGCCAGCCCUAUGACCUGUAUGAUCCCGAGGAGCCCACCCCAGACAGAACCCCUCCUUCCUUCGGGGGUCGUGCAAACAACAGCAAACAGGGUUUCAGCGAGGUGCGGCGGCGAGCCAAGGAGGAGCAGGCAGUGCUGGCCGUGCGGCCCCUGCAGGCUCACGAGCUGAAUGACUUUCACGGGGUGGCCCCCCUCCACCUGCCACACAUCUGCAGCGUCUGUGACAAGAAGGUGUUUGAUCUGAAGGACUGGGAGCUGCAUGUGAAAGGGAAACUACAUGCUCAGAAAUGUUUGGUCUUCUCUGAAAAUGCUGGUAUCCGGUGUAUCCUCGGCUCGGCAGAGGGAACUCUGUGUGCCUCUCCCAACAGCACAGCUGUUUACAGCCCUGCUGACAGCGAAGAUUAUGCCUCAAAUCUUGGAACAGCAUAUGCAGCCAUUCCAGCAAGGUCUUUUACUCAGUCAAAUCCUGCAUUUCCUUCAGCUUCCCCCGGGACAAAUUUCACGCAGCGGAAAGCGGGUGCUGGCCGUGUGGUGCACAUCUGCAAUCUCCCAGAAGGAAGCUGCACUGAGAAUGACGUCAUUAACCUGGGGCUGCCCUUUGGGAAAGUCACCAAUUACAUCCUCAUGAAGUCUACUAAUCAGGCCUUUUUAGAGAUGGCUUACACAGAAGCUGCCCAGGCCAUGGUCCAGUAUUACCAAGAAAAAUCUGCUGUGAUCAAUGGUGAGAAGUUACUCAUUCGGAUGUCCAAGAGAUACAAGGAAUUGCAGCUGAAGAAACCUGGGAAAAACGUGGCUGCCAUCAUCCAGGACAUCCAUUCCCAGAGGGAAAGGGACAUGUUCCGGGAAGCAGACAGAUAUGGCCCUGAAAGGCCGCGGUCUCGCAGUCCAGUGAGCCGUUCACUGUCCCCGAGGUCCCACACUCCCAGCUUCACCUCCUGCAGCUCUUCUCACAGCCCUCUCGGCCCCUCGAGGGCCGACUGGGGUAAUGGCCGGGACUCCUGGGAUCAUUCUCCUUAUGCCAGGAGGGAGGAAGAGCGAGACCCGGCCCCCUGGAGGGAGAACGGAGAGGACAUGAGGGACAGGGCUGAUACAUGGGCGCAGGAUCGCAGACACUAUCCCUGGCAACUCGACAAAGCCCAAUUAGAGGAGCGACUGGAAGGAGGGAGGGGCCACCGAGAAAAGCACCCCAGGUCUGGGUCUCCCACCCUUCUCCACUCUGCGUCAGGCUACAAAAGCCGAGAAGACGGCUACUACCGGAAAGAGCCCAAAGGCAAAUCGGACAAGUAUGUGAAGCAGCAGCAGGACGUCACAGGGAGGUCCAGGAGGAAAGAUGAGGCCAGGCCGCGGGAAAGCAGACACCCACACCCGGACGACUCAGGCAAAGAAGAUGGGCUGGAGCCGAAGGUCACCAGGGCCCCCGAGGGCACCAGAUCGAAGCAGAGUGAGAAAAACAGAGCCAGGAGACCUGACAGAGACCAAGAAGGAGCUGAUGAUAGGAAAGAAAGCAGAGUGGCAGAGAAUGAGGCUGGGAAAGAGGGCAUGGAAGAAAGCCCGCCCUCAGCAGGCAGGCAGGAGAAAGAACAUGAGUCCUCUGAUCCAGAAAACACAAGGACAAAGAAGGAUCAAGACUGGGAGAGUGGAAGUGAAGCAGAGGGGGAGAGCUGGUACCCCACGAACAUGGAGGAACUGGUUACAGUGGACGAGGUGGGAGAGGAAGAAGAUUUUAUCAUGGAACCAGACAUCCCAGAGCUGGAAGAGAUCGUGCCCAUUGACCAGAAGGACAAAAUCUGCCCAGAAAUAUGUCCCUGUGUGACAACUACUUUACACCUGGAUUUAGCCAAGGAUUUCACCAAGGAGGGAGUCAAGACCAUAGGUAACGGGGCUACGGAAGUCAGCCCCAAGUCACCCAACGAAGUGCCUUCUGCUUCCACGAGCUGUCCCAGUGACAUGGACGUGGAAAUGCCUGGCCUAAAUCUGGAGGCUGAGCAGAAGCCAGCUGAAUUCGAGACAGGCCACUCACUGGAGGGUUCAGAUUGCUACGAGAAGCAGGCAAAGGGAACAGAGAGCUCAGAUGUUCGUCUGUCCCCCACACUCCAGCAAAUGUCUUCCCCCAAGCCAGCAGAGGAGAGGGCCCGGCAGCCUAGUCCAUUUCGCGAUGACGGCAAGGCCGGGGGGACCCCCGAAGAUGGGGCUUGUGAAGGCAGCCCCCCGGAGGAGAAAGCCAGCCCCCCCACUGAAACUGACCUCCAAAGCCAGGCUUGCCAAGGAGUGUCGACCCAGGAAAACUCCAGGUACCUGGAGAUGAAAUCUCUAGAUAUGAGGUCACCGGAAUACACUGAAGUGGAGCUGAAACAGCCCCUUUCUUUGCCUUCCUGGGAACCAGAGGACGUGUUCAGUGAACUCAGCAUUCCUCUAGGGGUGGAGUUCGUGGUGCCCAGGACUGGGUUUUACUGCAAAUUGUGUGGGCUGUUCUACACGAGCGAGGAGAUGGCGAAGAUAAGCCAUUGUCGCAGCGCUGUCCAUUACAGGAACUUACAGAAGUACCUGUCCCAGCUGGCUGAGGAGGGCCUAAAGGAAACAGAGGGGCCAGGCAGCCCGAGGCCUGAGGACAGCGGGAUUGUGCCCCACUUUGAAAAGAAGAAGCUCUGACACCCCUGGUGGAAACGGUGAAGGAGGGCCUAGGAGGUGGGGCCUUCCUGAUCUCCAGGACCGGAACUAAAGACAGAGAAGACGGAAAACAAGGCAGGCUUGGUGCCUGUGUCUGUUCUCAAAGAUUCAUGAAAACACCUCUGAAAUGUCUCCCAGAGUUGUCACCCUGCUGUGUCCAGCCCACUGAGCGUGGCCCACUCAAUCGCUGUGACUCUUGUUUCCCUCAGACAAUCUUUUCAUUUGCUUCUCUCUCUUCUUCCCCACCCCCUUUCUGUGCCAAGGGUCAUUUCCUCUUCAUAAAAUCCAACUUCUCAGGGAUUUUCACAGUGUUCACAUUUUUGAUGGGAUCGGACAGAUCAGGCCAGGCUGAGUCAUCCAAGGAAAAGAUUUCACGGAAACUCCUGGCUCAAGAACCACUUCAGUGAACCUGGGGCAGUUUCUCUGCCUGGCAUCCUGUGUGGGAGGGGAGUGAGUGGGACCCUGCAGUGGAGGAGAGGGGACCCCCGAGACAAUCAGUCGGCACAAGCUGGGAGUUCCUCCAGCUGGCCCACCUUUCUGAAAAGCCCCUGAUUUUAUUAAUAACUCUUUUACCCUUUCAGUUAUUCUAGACGUCUACCAGGUUCAUGCCUUAAAGUAAAAUUAAGUGAAUUUUACAGAGAAAGAAAAGAGCCCUUCAUUUUGGAAGCUCUGAUAAGUUCCCACCAAACUUACUUCCCUCCACGUGAUUUCAGGAGAUGCCAGGGUUUGUUCUAUUCUGUGCAAUGAAUGUGGUAUAGAUUCACUUUAAUGAAAACAAAAACAGACGCAUCCUCUUCCUUUAGCUAAAACAGCAGUUGGUACGGGCGUAGGUCGAAUGUUUGCCUCCUUGCCAUGGGUGGCAUUGGCUCAGGUGACACCAAAACAAGGCUCUGGCAUCUGUCCUUGACUCACCCUUGGUGCCUGCAUGCUGGGCUCCAGCAGCCUUACUGUGGGAUGGUUUUAAAUGGUGUUUCGGUGAGGGAAGAAGCUGAGGAAAGAGAAGGCUGCAGGGCUGGAGAGCAUUUGAGUAGUGCCUGGGGUUUGUAGGUGGGCCCUUUCCGAUUUGGCAGAAGGUCAAGGGCAGCUCAGAGUUGACCCCAUGUGCAGACUUUGAUGUCAAAUGUUGUGAAGAACAGAGCCCUUCACUUCCAUCGGGCCAUCUGAUACUAGAGGGCAGAGCCUUCAGGUCCUGGAUGAGUGGUGGGGUCUCCAGUUUGAUGUGACAUUGGGAAGGUUUGGGACAAAGGUGCUUGGGGAAAUGAGGCUCGGCUGCAGCCCUGAGAGAAGACGUCAAGCCGGUCAGAGGGAAGCCUGCUCCCCUUCCCACAGCUGAGAUACUUGCCUGGAGGAGGCGCCCCGGCUCAGCCCCUAGAAGACAGUUCUGUUGUUUCUAUUCCUGCCGCCACAGGUAGACCAGGAAGGGAUUGUCUUACUUAUUUUGCAUUUUUCUUUUAUGGUAGAAAAGAGUAUACUGCACAUUCUGCCCUCUAAUAGCAGAAGAGGAGAGAGAUUAGUGAGUUCAACACUGACAUUUUAUCAGUGAGGAAACGGAGGCACAGAAAGGAAAGAGAUGUAGAAUGUAAUGAAACGAUCCUAUGUGAACCUUGGGGCAAAUGGUCACCGGCAAGGACACACUUGUUGGGAGCCUGUGACAGAGAAGAGUUAAGGCACCAGAGGAAACAGACCGGCUUGGACAGUUUAAUGAGAAGAGGCUGUAGGAACAGGGAACCUGAACUUGGCACCAGGCCACCUGGGGCCCUCAGAAAGGUUGGUGUUUCAGGGUAGGGUAUGAAGAUGGUGGCUCAGCCCAGACCUGGUCCCCUGGCUGCCUCCACAGGUUUUUACCUGGCCUUCUGGGAACCAGUCUCUUCCGUGUCUAGGACAACCUUUGGCCCUGUGUGUCUGUCUUCCCACCAGAGUGAAGUUCCCGCCAGAGGGCUAGAUGUCUGGCCUUCUUGCCAAACCUUGCUGGGGAAAGUCUACCACCCCCGUCAGAGGCUGGAACUGUGCAUUUUCAAAGAGGCUGGCAGUCUCUUCUCCCAGCAAAGUGGAAGCUGACCCCACCAGCUCUUCCCCUCAGUGGCGUUGCUAUGGAAACCUGGAGGGCUGUGGAAACUGCCUCAUUCCUGAGUAAUGUAAAGGCUCCCUUGCUGACAGGAAAGCUGGACAGAGUCCCUGGGAGGGAGAGAGGCGAGGUAUGCUCUGUAUUCAGUCAGAACCUCCGGUUUCAAAAUCGUCUAAGCAUCUAUAUUUGUGUGUAUAUAUAUAUUUAUUUUUAUUUAUUUUUAUACAGUUCCAUUGGCAUGGUCCUUUACCCACUCUAUAAUUUGCUCUUUUUAUUCCUACGUGUGUCAUACACACUGCAGUAUUAAAGGCAACCAGGAAAAUAUUGAUUUAUUUUUUAAAGCUUUUCUUCAGUGUCUGUCAACCAUUUCAAAGUGUCUCCCCAAAAAGGUUGUUCGAGAGCAGCUGCUACCUUGAGCAAGAUUCCUUUGUACCCUGGGUUAAUAUAACGAAAGGCCUAUGUAAUUCUCAUUGUAAACACCUGUAAUACAAGUAUAUCCAGACAAUACUCCCAAGGAAUUCGGUACAUUUGGUGUUAGUGAGCAGUAGCCAUUACGAUCAGGGUUCCCCUUUCUUGGAUAGUCCCAGCCUGUGAUCUGUUAGAUUAUACGUGAACUGGACCAGAGUUUGUUUCUUGAGCUUACGAGAAAAAGAAAAACACUAGUUAAUUUACACUUGAACCUGUAAAGUAUUGGAAUUUGUUGAGUAUCCUAUAAAUCGUCAACACUUUUCCUGAGCGCAAGUGUUUUUACAGAAGGGAAAAAAAAAAAGAUUUUUAAUAAAGAGAAU